UUAAGUUGAAUACAUAAAUACAACUGAAGAAAUUUAAUUAAGUCAAAUUGUAAAAUUUAGUCACUCUACUUUUUUCUUGAUGUAGACCAAAAAAGUUAUAAAAGUUUAAAAUCUUUUUAUAAUUAUCUUUUAUAAUAUUGAAAAAUCAAUGGUAAAAUAUGUCAAUUUUUUAUUAAGAUAUUAUCUAGCUAUCGCAUUACUUUAAAUUAUGAAUACAAAGAAUCAUUUGCUAAUGAUAAACUCUUAUCAUUUAUGCUUUUCUGUCUGUCCCAUUUAUUCUACGAUAAGAUUAAAGUAAUACUACAGCAUUUCUCAAUCAAUUUUAAAUUUAUUUAUUUUAAAGAGAAAUUUUUAAUAAGUCUAUUAAGUCUUAAUAAGUGAUAUUGUUAUCUCCUUUGUAAUUAACUGUUGAUUCACUUAAACACGAGGCUCCGUAUGAGGAUACGCACGACAGUGCGAGCAUAUGGUCAAUCAUUGAGUAUCUGGCUGGUCGUGCGGAGGAUAGCGCUGAUUGGUCCGUCGUCGCCGGUUGGUUGACGCGGCUCGUGGCUUUCGGCUCGCCGAGCUCGAGUCGGCUCGCUCAGUCGUACUCGAACCGCGCAUCGGACAGGGUGGUGUGCUACCCUCUCUCGCGAUUCCGCGGCAACUCCGUUGUGUGCGUGUGCGCAUACGUCAGCUUGCCAUGCGAGACGUACCACGUUGCUCGUCCUCGAGCGUUGUGCUUUGGAUGCGUUGUCAGAUACGAGGCGCGAGAGUGAAUUUAUUAUAGACGAGAUACAUUUCGAAUUAUCGCGAUCACACCAGGCAUUACGAUUUCAAUAAUUAUCGCGAAAUCAGAGCGGAGUACCGUGAUCACUGCCGAUGUGUUGCUCAAUCAAUAAGUUAUCUAUCACAGAACGAUUGACGUACGAUGCAAUACCGUAAUUGCUGCGCGCCGCUACGCGAAAUUAUUCGUUUAAAUGGAGCAACGUGGUGAGACUGUCGCCAUCAAAGCUCGUAGCCGUCCUCGAAGCUCGCAACUGCCCUCGAUAUCCACUGCCGCAUAAACGCACGACGGCACGCUCGAGCGAAUGAAAAAUCCGAUAAAGGCGGAUCGUUUUCCAUUCGGGAGGUACGCUGUCGCGGCGACAAGGAGGACGACGAAACGCGAAAAGGGUCCACUUGACCCCGCGAGAUCGAACGCGGCGCAAACACUGACGCGUUCUCUUUCAAAAGACGAUCGCACGAAUUCAUCAUCCACGCGUCGCCGGCGAUCGAGUGUACCCUGGCUGACGUUCAAAGGGAUAUAUGUAGGGCGGAGACAGAGUUGGAUGCUCCAGCCGACGCCAGAACGCCUGUAAUUCGCGCGCGUACAGAUGUCCUUUCUCGCGCGUACGAGGAGGAUCCUUUUCAACGGAUGUGCGCACAGCGGGGGAGAUAGAUCGUCUUCGACGUAAUCUGGCGUUGACGUGACCUAGCCUAACUUUUGCUCGAACUCCACCUGGUCUUCGUCUAUUCCCCCUCCCCCUUUCUCCUCCCUCGAAGGUUUAUCGUGUAUGUGAGAGUGUGUACGACGGCGCGCGCGGCCGUCCAUCCAAAACUGUGUGUCCCGUCGGAUGGGGUGUAACUUCGCGCAUUAGCCGGGGGAUUAACUACCGCUACGUCGAAGAUGCAGUAAAAAGCUCAGCUCCUGUGGAAGUUAUCGCAUUCGAACAUCGACACGAGCCUGUAACCACCUUGCGACCAUCACGAUGCCAGGAACGUGCUUGAUGACCGAUGUGGUCAGGACAGCGGAUAGUUAGUGAUGAGGAGGAGCAAGUUAUCGGCGUGCCGACGGCCCAGGUCACCAGUAACAUGCCAGUCCUUGGUCCCAGCGCCGAUCCAACUCCACUUCGAGGACUUCUGAUCGCCAUCUUCGUCCUAUUGUCCCUGCCGCGUUGUCGCUGCACGGAUCUAGGACAAUGCACUACAGCGUUGGGUAUGGAGAGCGGAGAAAUCCCCGAUGAAGACAUCUCGGCGAGUUCUAUGUACGAUCCCAGCCUCGGACCGAAACAUGCCAGGCUACGACAAGACAAGGGUGGCGGCGCCUGGUGUCCGAGAAAUAUGGUAACCAAGGAAGGCAAGGAAUACCUGGAAGUGAAUCUGCACACUCCGCGUUUACUAACGUCCACCAAGACGCAAGGUAGAUUCGGCAACGGCAACGGGGUCGAGUACACCGAGGAGUACUUUGUCGAGUAUUGGCGACCAGGGUUCAACAAGUGGGUGCGAUGGAGGAAUCGACGUGGCGUAGAGCUUUUGGUGGGCAAUAACAAUCCAUAUUCGGAAGAGGAACAGAUCUUCGAUCCAGCUAUAGUUGCAACAAAAAUCCGCUUUAUCCCUUACACCUCUCAUAUGCGUACAGUAUGUAUGCGCAUAGAGCUUUACGGCUGCUCAUGGACGGAGGGUCUCGUCUCGUAUUCCAUGCCCCAAGGAAUCAAGAGGGGCUCCGAGGUUGACCUAUCCGACAGGACGUACGACGGCCGCGAAGAAGCGGGUUACCUCUCCGGGGGACUUGGUCAACUUGUCGACGGGCAAAAGGGUCCCGACAACUUCAGAUUGGACGUCAGCGGCAACGGAAAGGGAUACGAAUGGGUCGGCUGGCGAAACGACACACCCAACAUGCUCGGACGUCCGGUGGAAAUAACUUUUGAGUUCGACUACUCGAGGAACUUCACUGCCAUACACCUACACAUGAACAAUUACUUCACGAAGGACGUGCAGGUUUUCUCAUACGCGAAGGUCUACCUCGGCACAGGUGGCAACCAGUUUACCGGCGAACCUGUCCAUUUCUCUUACAUACCCGAUCAGGUGCUGGAGCAGGCGCGCGAGGUCACCAUAAAACUGCACUCGCGCGCCGGCCGCUUCCUGAAGUUGCAGCUCUACUUCGCCGCGCGGUGGAUCAUGCUCAGCGAGGUAAUCUUCGAGUCAGUUAUCUCCGAAUGGAACAAUACCGAGGACGAGGAGGUAAAAAACAAGAGCGCCAUUGUACUGGCGACCGGCAGCCCCUAUCAAAAUAACGAGGGUCCACUGCAGAGAGACGAAGUGAAGGCUACUUUUAAUAAGGAGGAAAGCAAAGAUAACACCUUUCCAGAUAAGAGCAAAGAGCCGGAAUCGAAGCAGUUCGUUGGUUUAGUUAUCGGCAUCCUGACGACUGUAAUUGUGAUGCUGCUCGCGGCGAUCAUGUUCAUCUUCUAUAGAAACCGUAGGCUCAAAGCUGCUCUCUCACCGUCAAAUUUCUUUGAUCAACAGGGUGAUCUCAAGGUCUCCGUGCCGGAGGACGGCGAGGACAAGGGACCAAUUUGCCCCCCGCUUCCGGCGCAGUACCAGCCAGCCACCUACAGCACGACGACGCCGCAAUUACACAAAACCGUCACGGAUUACAACACCGGGAUCAACGAGGUGCAGCCGGUUAUUCCGCUCCUGCUUAACUCGACGAUCAAUCUUGCCAGGCCAAUUCCGGCGGUCCAAGAAUAUCCGUCUAACCCGCCGCCCAUACCGCCCCCGCCGGAAAAGUAUUACGCCAGUACGGAGAUCUGUAAGAGUCCUUUGCCGCCACUGCCACCCUCGCCGACACCAAGUACACCACCGCCAAUGAGCGCGAAAGCUUCUAGCAGUGUAACCAGCUACAGUCCGGAAGAUAUGCUCACGGAGGAAGAGGAGGAAAUACCCGAGUGUGCCCUUGAUUUUCCACGGGAAAAACUCAAUAUCGUUGAAAAUCUUGGCUGCGGAUACUUCGGCGAUGUUCAUCUUUGCGAGGUCGACAGGUUUCCUGGAUACGAUGAGAUCUUCAGAAAUACCUCCAACGAUCUAGUUAUUGUUAAAUCCUUGAAACCAGGAUCUUCCGACGCUCUUAGGAUAGAAUUUCAACAGGAGGCAAAGAGACUGGUACGACUCGCCGAUCGAAAUGUCGCGCGGCUACUCGGUGCCAGCCUCGAGGACGAUCCCAUGUGCAUCGUAUUGGAAAACGGCGAGUAUGGGGAUUUGAACCAAUAUCUGCAGAGUCACAUCGCCGAAACUUCGAAUUUGCACACGGCCAAAACACUUAGUUUCGGCACAUUGGUUUACAUGGCCACGCAAAUAGCAUCCGGCAUGAAGUAUCUUGAGGAAAUGGACUUCGUGCAUCGGGAUCUCGCCACAAGGAAUUGUAUCGUGUGUCGCGGAUGCACGGUUAAAGUAUCUGAUUUGGGCAGUGGACGAAGCGCAUAUGCGGCGGAUUACUUCCGUGUCGAAGGACGUCCUCCAUUACCGAUUCGAUGGAUGUCAUGGGAAUCGAUGCUAAUGGGAAGGUACACGUGCAAGGGCGACGUCUGGGCGUUCGCCGUCACGCUGUGGGAAAUUCUGACGUUCGCACGGGAGCAGCCCUUCGAGGAGUUUCCAGAUCAUCGAAUAGUGGAGAACGCGACUUACUUUUAUCAAGAGGAUGAGCGAAGGAUGAUACUGCCGCUGCCAAAAAACUGUCCUAAAGAGAUCUAUGACCUGAUGCGCGAGUGUUGGCAGAGGAACGACGUCGACCGACCAAACUUCCGCGAGAUCCACCUGUUCCUGCAACGAAAAAAUCUCGGCUACAAGCCCGGUGAGUCGAACGAUACUUGAUAUAGAGAACUAGAAGGCUGGAAUCUCAUCCGGCUUUCUAUGAUCGGCGAAUUAAACGGCAAUUGGUGGAACUGUCCCUCAUCGACCAAGCUAGACCAAGUUAGACCAAGUUAGUACCUAGGGUGACGAUCCAUAAAUCGGCUGUAACGAACGUAAUUGUUUGCAAUGGCGUGGUCGGAUGCGUUCACCGUGUCGAUGAUGAUCGUCGUACGAUAACACUUAAGAGGAGAAGCCGUAGGAGUCUACGAAUUGAUCGCGCAAAACCUUCUACGGUUCACGACAUUAAGAAUCACAGUUCUCUUGUCAACGCUACACAUCGCUGUAAGCUUAGUCGAUAACCGGUGUGAACCGCACAAAUCAUUGUUGCCGUAAAAUGCAAACUACUGUACAAAAAAUUCGCUUUUUUAAUUUUUUUUCCAACAUCAAAACUGUUAUCGCCGCGAAAACUGGAUCGGCUCUCUAUUUCGAUACUAUCAGGAUACGCAUAAUCUAAUGAUGCGUAAUGCUUGACAAUAGCAAUAGAAUGUUAAUUUUUUUAUACGCGUGCAAUUUUUUGACCUGAGAAAUAUUAAUUUUUAUAUACAUUCUAUUUGACUGACAUAUCCAACUCGAUUCCGAUCUUAUUCUUGUGUGUGCAACUUCUUUUCGUUUCUCUUCUCUUUCUUCGCGCGCUAUUCUUAUAUUAAUCGCCUACAGAAGUUAGACGCGUUGACCAAAACGGAUAGCCCCGCUAUAAUGACACCGUGAAUCCACGGCAUCGUAUCCGAGCUCGAGCAAUCGAAAUGGAUAGAUUAUGAUUUUGAUCCGUGGCAUUCGAUACGAAAUGGGAACGUCACUAGUGUUGGCAAUACGAGGGGAGCACGUUCGAUAAAUCGCACAUACGCUGUUCCGAAAUUGAUACUGUCAGCAAACAAGCUUAUGAUAUUCCCGCCGUAACGGCACUCGUGUCACGUUCGGGAUAUACGUGGAUCGGACUCGAAAAUCGUGCGUUGUACGUAACAUUUCUGCCGACGAAUAACGUAGUCAUUUUCUAAAACUCUAAUUAUUAAAAUUUUAAAAAGUAGAUUUUAUCCAAGAUUGAAGUCCGCCAACUUUCGUCGUGGGAUUACAUUUUUGGGCCUUUUAUACGUCGGUUUCAUAAACGUAUUUGCAAAAAAAAUUUGUUUUCCCAAAAAUAUAUAAUUAUAUAUACAUAUAUAUACGUGUAUACAUAUACCAUUUUUAAGAUAAUUAAGCGAAUUGUUGUUUUUAGGAAAGCAAAAUCUCUAUUAUGAGCGUAUACGAUCGAGUCGAUUAUAAUAUUAAUCAAUGUAUUUCCGGUGAUGUUUAACGAAACUAUUUGUACUCUUUGCUAUCCAUUUUAUUUUCCAAGCUAUCAUUCGAGAAGACAAAUGUAAAGACAAGGCUAAUUAUCGUUCAUUCAACCGUUUAAUUGCACCGACCAAUAUCCUUCCCUCCAAUUCGGACGACGAUUUCUCGUUAACUUUUUAAUUGAACACUCGCCACAGUGGCGCACAGAAAGAAUUAUAUACGAACGUCGCUUCAAGGAGCUUAUCGAUGCACAAAAAAUUGUGAAAUGGGUUAAGAGGAACAUUUUAUAAAAUUAAACAUUGCGCCCGUACAAGAAGCAUUUUUCGAAGAGUACGGGAAGAGGAGUAAUCUUAAGCCGUGUUAAGUUUGUGUUAAGUUCUCUUAAAUUACUCUUAAGCUUAAGAUGCGCUUAGCCGAAGUGCAUAAAUGUUUGACAAUACCAUUAGAGGUUGCAGUAUAAUAUAAAUUCAUAUAAAGUGUGUAAAGAAUGUUGAAGGAUUUAAUCGAUAAUGUAAAUUAUUAGAUUAUUGUAAGACCGGCAUUUUAUUGGCGGUCGUAUCGCAUAAUCGUUUUAGGAUUGUUAAUUCUAUCGAUACACACAAAACUUCUCUCGUGCCCCGUUGCUCAUCUUGGGCAAAAGCUGUAGGUUGGAUGUACCAUGAUUUUAGGGGGAAAAAGGAGCACAUGUGACCUGACGUUAAGUUUAUAAUGUGGAAUAGAGAUAGACGAUUUACCCGGCAAAUGUUUUUGCUUCGUUUCGCACCCAUAAAAAUCCGGUUAGCUUUCCGAGCGGUCUACAGACUACUAAUCAAAUGUUUGGUGUAAUAAAUUUAUUUAAGCUGCUUUUUCUUUUAACGAUAAAAUUUCUGAGAUUAUUUGUUCUCUGAAUUUUUAUGACUCGCUACUCAAAUCAACACACAUAUUUCAGCAGUAAAAUACAUUUCCAGGUAAAUGGCUAUCGUUAGUAUGAAAUACUGAAAGACUUAUAUACUUGUUAGAAUGAUUCUGUACGUGUAGCGAAGGGAAAACAAUAAUUGUGCGAAACACGACAGAGAUAUUCCGUGACGUUCAAAGACUUGUAUGUACGUCGCGUAAAUCCCGAUAUGUUAUUCUAGGUACCUAGCCUUACGCAGGCUCAAGAGACUCAUGCUCGUGAUCUGUAAGAUAAUUAAGAAUAGAACAUAUAAGCGAUGAAUGUGUACGGUUAAACAAUUAUGGAAAAGAAGGAUUCUCGUUUCUUUUUACAUCGUGUUCUUCGCGGAAUUUCAGAUUUAUAUCAGAAGUAAAAUAAAUUAACAGGAUUAUCUAUUUAUCUUUACUCUCGGAUAAAUACGUAAGGUAAAUAUGAUUAAUAAAUAUCUUUCAUAAUUUUUUAAUCUUUAUAUUUUCUAGUAAUACUUUGUUUCUUUUAUUUUUUUGUUCAAAUUAUGAAAUAUUAUUUACAUUGUUAAUUACAAAUUUAUUUGGAUCAGGAUUUCAGUUUCUCUAAAUCAAUGAUGAAUAAAUAAACGAUAAAUUUUUAUUUAUUUUUGUUUGAUUAUUGUUUUAAUUAUUGUGGAAAUGAGAAAUCUAAUGUUGACAGUUGAUGAUUUGAUAUAUAUGUUAAAAAUAUCUUAAGGACUACUGCCACUGCGUUAGCGAAACGAAUAUAUCGAGUGAUAUUCAUCGUGGACUUUUAAUUCGAGGUUCAGCGAUCAAUACUUUAAAAAUGAUCUUAAUUCUUUACAUACUCAUGUUCAAUCUUUUAAAUGUAUGUAAAUGGUACGAUCGCCAGAAAAUCCAAACGUUCGAUCCUGCAGGACUCACGAAUGUAUCUUUUACAGGGCCGAUGUAUAUAUAUAAUCACUUGGGAGAAUAUAUAAUGUAGCGAUAAUUUUAGACUGACACUUCCUGCACGAUCGAACGUGACUCAAACUACGUUAUACAUAUUUCUUCCUACAAAAAGAAAUAUAAAAUUAGAAUCUUCCGCAUAUAACUUUUUGUAUCGGUCGUUUUAAUUUACUCGAAGGGAAAAAUCCAUAAAGUACGUGGUUCACAGCGUUAAAUAUUCAACAAAAAUGUAAUGAUUUAUUUUAUAUAAAAAAACAUAUCAUUUAAAUAAUGACAUAUCUUUCUAAUGGCAGAUCUUUCACAAUUAUCAUUGGAAAUUCGACAUAUCGUAUACAUAUCGUUAUCUUUAUUAGUUUGAAAGAUGAUUGAUUUUAGUAGUCAAUUCACAACGACAAGUUCUUUCUGUAGGAAGCGUUCUCCUUAACAUUCAGAGGAAACCAUAAGUGUGAAAAUUAUUGUAGAUUAUUACGUAAUCGAAUCAACUCCGCCGACUAUUUAUUCUCAACAUAGUGAUAAUCUAUUAAGGUGGACGGAAGAAAAUACUUUGUACAAUUUUUUAAUAAUGAUACCCCCGUAACUGUUGUAAGUGCAUCCAAUUCCGAUCUCAUAUUAUACGUUUCUUCCAAUAAGCGCAUCGGCGAGAUGGUUGAAAGUGAAUCAGGCCGCAAAAUCAAAAAAUUCCUCCCACUGCAGAAGUAUCUUAAAUCACGCACAGUGAUAUUUACAAACUGAUAUAGUGUAAUUAUUAAGAUUAAAUUAAGUUAAAUAGUAUGAGGAUAAGGAAGAUUUAUAGAGCAAAACGUUUGCAAAAUUUAUAUAAUGAGAUUUUGUACUAUCUCGAAACGUCGCUUAAUCGCCUAAUACGUAACACAAUUCAGUGCAUCGACCAAUACGUCGAGGAAGACAAUAUCGCGAAAUGUGCUUCAGCAGUGGUACGAAAUACGAUUCAAUGAGAAAAGAACUUUACCAUUUCUCUGGCGAACGAAAAAGAUUUACACAAUUUAUUCGGGCAUCGCUCGAGCGUAUCCACGUUCGCUGGAGUCUGAUUUUCGUUGAACAACGCGUUCUCUCUUUUACCAGCUCAAACGAGCUCUAUUUUUCAUGCGUACGCAGCCAAUGGCAGCGGACCCGAUCGCGUACUCGCCUCUCGCCGUUAGACGCAAACAAAAGUCGAAACUCGGACGCUCCGAGUACACGCGGAUUCCGCGCGUUUGCCGAUGGAAUUUAAUAUCUGCUGCCUUCGUUACGAAACACACGGCCAUGCUUUUUUUCCAUCCCUUUUCCCCCAACUCUUGUUCGCCUCAUCCCUCACUAUUCAUUCUUCGCGCUCGUUUCUCAAUGCAAUCGAGGAGGCAUCAGCCGAGAGAGAGACACGAUCUUUGCUUAAAAUACACAAUAGAAUCGAACGAAGUGGAACAGCAUACAAAUCGAAUUAAAUUCCUGCAUCGCGUAUACGUAAUUGUUAUUCGGACUCAUCGCAUGCCAAUUUGAAAUUCUUUGAUCUCAGGUACUGACAGAUCGCACUGACAUGACUUGCGCGAGUAAAACAUCUGCGAGAAAAUUUGAUAACUCGUAACUCUUAGCUUAAAAUUUUCUAUGAAUCUUAUGAAUAAAUAAAAAUCUACGUUUGUGCCUCGCGUAAAAUUUAAUGCACAAAAGUAAUCAGUAAUUCGUGAAUUUAACGUAAUCUUUCAGGUUUCUAUGAUUUUAUUUUCAAAAUGUUCCGCGUGAGGUUGCUUCUGAUUUCUCAAACUUUCAAGUUAUAUGAAACAUUGUGCGAUAUAAAGGGCGUUUUUAUUGAUAUCGUGUAGAUCUGUAUAUCCUCAGUUUACAGUCAUCUAUCAUAUCACCAUUGUCUGUCGAAUAAUUUAAGUAAAAAACAUGCUCUCUCUCUCUUUCUCCCCUCCCCUCCCCUCCCCUUCCCUCUCUCGCCUACGACAGCCUUUGGACAAAUAAAUAUCGUCGUUCCAGGCUGCUAGACAUGCAUGACGAAACGGCACACGCCAAUCUCUGCGUGCAAAUAUAAACGGUGAAAUGGGUUGUAAAUAAGCAGACUGCGCACAGUGGCUAGUAUAGGGCCAGUUAUCUAUUGUUAUCGGCGGACAUAUUGACUAUUGUACGGCGAUCAGACAUACCUUCCUGGCUAUCCCUCUCUUCCCUUGCGACCCUGUAUAAAUGUCACGCAACUGUAUUUAAUACGUUUGUACAUAGCGAUUCGUUUUCAAUAAAUAUUCAACGCUUUGA